GAGACAGACUGGAAAGCUCACCUAUCCACUCAAGAAUGAUGAUCCAGGUGAUUUUACUUCUAGCUCAGCUGCUUCUUGCAGUGUCGCUCCAGUCAAACUCUCAGGUUUACCUGCCGAUCGACUGUGAUGACAUUUAUAAACACGACAACAAGAGCUCUAGUGGGGUGUACACCAUCUACCCAGGAGGCCCAACCACACCACUGCAUGCCUACUGUGACAUGGAAACUGAUGGGGGGAGAUGGACGGUGUUUCUCAGGAGGAUUGAUGGGACUGAAAGCUUCUUUAGGCCCUGGAAACACUAUAAGGCCGGCUUUGGGAAUGUAGCUGGAGAAUACUGGCUGGGCCUGGAAAAUGUGUUGCUGUUGACAAUGAGGAAGGAGAAUGAGCUUCGUGUCGACAUGGAGGACUGGGAGGGAGCUCAGGCUUCUGCUCAGUAUUCCUCCUUCUCCAUCGGCCCUGAGAGCGCUGGCUAUCAGCUUCACCUGGGCAGGUUCACAGGAGGAACAGCAGACAGACUGGAAAGCUCACCUAUCCACUCCAGAAUGACGAUCCAGGUUUUUUUACUUCUAGCUCAGCUGCUUCUUGCAGUGUCGCUCCAGUCAAAGUCUCAGGUUUACCUGCCAAUCGACUGUGAUGACAUUUAUAAACACGACAACAAGAGCUCUAGUGGGGUGUACACCAUCUACCCAGGAGGCCCAACCACACCACUGCAUGUCUACUGCGAUAUGGAAACUGAUGGGGGGAGAUGGACUGUGUUUCUCAGGAGGAUUGAUGGGACUGAAAGCUUCUUUAGGCCCUGGAAACACUAUAAGGCCGGCUUUGGGAAUGUAGCUGGAGAAUACUGGCUGGGCCUGGAAAAUGUGUUGCUGUUGACAAUGAGGAAGGAGAAUGAGCUUCGUGUCGACAUGGAGGACUGGGAGGGAGCUCAGGCUUCUGCUCAGUAUUCCUCCUUCUCCAUCGGCCCUGAGAGCGCUGGCUAUCAGCUUCACCUGGGCAGCUUCACAGGAGGAACAGCAGGGGACAGUCUGUCCCGCCACAACUCUAUGAAGUUCACCACCUUUGACAAAGACCAGGAUAUCUGGGACAAAAACUGUGCUCAGCACUAUCUGGGUGGAUUCUGGUACACCCACUGCAUAUAUGUCAAUCCCACGGGGAUGUAUGCGCAUCAUGGUGCCAUCGGCUUUAAACACGUUUAUAUUAUUUGGCAUGCUUGGAAGGGCUAUAACUACUCACUUAAAAAUAUUGCCAUGAAGAUCCGUUCAGUGGCCAAAUGUUCAUGUACGGAGUAGCUGGAUAAGCAUUAAAGAUUCAUGCAACAUGAUUGCACAGCAUCACUUAAAUCACAGGAGUUUUGAUGUGAUUUUGUAAACACCGUAAGAUAAAAGUUGUUCAAAUAGAUUUUGCUGCUGUUUCGUAAAACCAUUCUAAAAAUGAGAAAGCAACUGAAUGCAACUGCCUCUUUGUGUUUGUGUCAUGCAGUUAAGUGUGCUGCUUAUUCAGCAUCUUUUAUGUUGUUUGAUUUCCAACACAACACUUUGAUUGUGUUGGAUUAUUUUGACAUAGAAUAAUAAGAAUAAAAAGAAGCAAUUGCUGUGAUAAUGUAGAAUAAUGUCAUUCAUUCAUUUCAGUCAUGCAUUCAUCAAUCCAUUAUCUAAACCUGCUUAGCUGGCAAUGAUAAAUAUGAUUAAUAAAAUGUUCCCAAUGACC